AAAGGGAGCGAACAAAGCAUGCAUGACAAAGGAAAUGGCUCUGAAACGUGGGCAGGAGAAACAGCCUGCCGUGUCAAAGAGACCUCCCCUGUCCAAGGAGAAGGGGCUAGUGAUUGCGGAUGCUGGGACGGGUGGAAUUGGUGACGACCUGCCAUUAAAAACUGCGAGUGUUCUUGGUAAAGGAAAGGAGAAGGUGACUUCAACCGUUGAAACGGCACGUGUAAGGAGAGCUAGUCCGGCUUUGCGCUCUCCUUUCAAUGAGCGAGCUGUAAGGCUUACAGCCAAGGCUAACAGUAACGAUAAGGAGCUACAUUAUUGGGUGCUUAGCACAGCGGAGACGCACGAAUCAAUCAGGGAUGCAAUUGUUUAUGAAGACUCCUACAAACAAACUGCCCACUACUUGAAUAAUAUGGAGAAGCUGAAGGCGCCAGAUACAGUGUCCAGACUCUUCUUUUCCACACGACCAUGCGCACAAUCAUUGAUAGACAUCCCUGAAGGGUGGGAUGAAGAAAGACGAUUUACCGAUUUUUUGACCAUUCUUUUUGACGAAGCCCUUGGAGCCGGAUACAGCAAAUGGGAGAAACACGAUCUGGUCAGUCUUAAUAUAAACUUAUUUUUCUGA